CCUAUAAUCCGUCUAGUUUUUUCGUGGAAUAGGACGAACAUGAAGAUAGUAAAUUCUGACAUUUAUUGAGCAGCAUUUUUUGGGCAUGUUUAAGGAUUAUAUGUGUUUAUUGUUUUUUAUAUAUUUAUAUAAUAAAGCAUACUUGUAAAUAUAUCACAAGGUUAAUUGUGAUCUGUCUCUAUGAUGUUUAUGACUGAAUGUUAAUUCAAUACUCUUGACUAUCUCAAAACUGCAGCAGUCAUAUUUGACGUGUUAAAAUAAAAAAAUUAUCUUAUCGCGCGAAUGUUUUCUUGAUUUAAAAUGUUUCGACAUAGUUGCUUAACAUUGCUUUAAAGCACAUGUAUGUAUGUAUACAUAUUUAUUUAUUUAUUUAUAUUAUAUAGUACAUUCAAAUGAAAAUCACCCACGACAAAUUUCAGUAAAAGGGAGAAAACGUAAUAAAGGAUAUGGCAGAUUUUGUAAAAUGUCAUUUGUAAGUCAAUCUUGUUUGUUGGAGGAAAAAGAUAUUUGCAGAACUAGUAAAGAUUUUACAGAUGACGUAUCCAAGGCAGUCAAGUAUUUUCUACCGACAGAAAUUGCUGUUCAUAAUACAGAAAUUGAUUGCUGGAUUUCGUAUCAUGACGUAGUGUAUGAUUUGACUGAUCUUUGUAAAAUUUGGGCGAAUAAAAGGGAGAUCAAACCAAUAUUAGCUUAUGCUGGUAAAGAUAUAAGUCAUUGGUUUGAUCACGAAAAAAAUGACAUUAAACAUUACAUACAUCCUGUUACGGGAGUAUUGGUACCAUAUUGUCCUCAUGGUCCGAUUCCGGAUGUAACACCUUCCGUAGUACCUUGCAGUACUUGGCGACCCUUAGAUAAAUGUCCUUGGUGGCUCGAUGAAAAAUAUAAAAAAGGAUACUUAACCAAAAAUGCACGUCCAUGUAGAAUUUUAAAUGUCCUCGUCGGAGUACAAGUUAUUAUAAUGGUAGAAUACUAGAUGUUUAUCGUUCAAAGAAACGGAUCUUUAUUUUAUUGUAAUAAAACGUGUUUACAAUCGACGUGUUAAUGAAAGAAUUUCGUAAAGGUCUGUGAGGAAGAUUCCAUUAGGCGUAUUCAAGAACGUGCUCUUAUUUAUAACGAAAAUGGAAAAUCUUAUACGUGGAAGUUUGAAGGGAAGGAUUUGAAUAUCGAUUUAACUUUGACAGAAAAUGGUAUUC